AUGAAAAAAGGAUUCAAAGAUCUAAAAGCAGUUGGCUAUCAGACAGAUGUUCCAUACGUGGCAUUAUCAAACUACUGCUGGUCAUUCUCAUGUCCAAAGCCAGGAGCAGAAGUGGAAUUUCUUGAUUUAACGUUUCAAGUCAUGAACUCAACUGGAACUAUCAUACAAAUUGAUGCAGAUAUUGAACAAUCCAUUGACAUGGUUGGCAACGGCACAGCAGAUAUCACUUUGGUUACAGCUCGUCAAACAUUAGAAAGAAUGAAAAAGGUGGAUUUUACUACUCCAAUCGGGUUCGUUUACUAUGGAUAUUUGGUGCGGGAAAUUCCAGAAAUCGCAGUAGCGGAUUAUAUAAUGGGUCUUUUCGAUUACGAUACACUUGCAAUCUUGAUCAGUUUCGGAAUAAUAAUUGGAGCAUUGGUAUAUCUGUAUACAUGGAUAUUUGAUAAAAGAAUUCGGACAAUAUGGGAUUGGAUGAUUGUUAGCUGUUCUGGUAUCAUUCGACAGUUUCAGUUCAAAAUCUCGUCACCCAUUUGUGCACUUGUGAUAGUUGGUAUCUGGUUAUGGUGUUGUCAAGUGAUAAUCACUUAUUAUGAAGCAAAGCUGAAAAGUUUUCUUCUUUUAUCUCAUCAUCGAGGCACAAUAUUCAAUACAUUGGAUGGAGUCCUCGAGUCAGUUGAACACAAGGGAUGGACACUUGUUAUACAAGAAAGAGGAUAUACUCCGUAUCUUUGGUGUAAUCCAGAACAGUGUAAGCGACUGGAUAGACUCAAAUCGAGAAUAGUGUUUCUCGGCGCAGAUGAUGACAUCAAUUUGGUUAUUGGUCAAGACAAGCAUGUUGGGUUUUCUGCAGUUGCUAGUGAUCUUGCUCAAUCUGAUAUCACUUAUUUCGAUUUUCAUUCUAAAAUAUUAUUUGUUCGAGACAAAAUCAUGGCUCCUGAAAACAUAAAAGGCCUACGAGAGAGGUUCAACCGUGCAGUUGCAUACACAAAGAACGGUUAUGACACUGUCCGUUCUCGAUAUAUUGCAGCAUUUCCAGCCUAUAAUGCUGUCACUUCUCAGUCUCAGACUGCUACUGUUCUCCAAACAACUCAUUUCAUUCAACUAUAUAAAUUCUGCAUAAUUAUUUAUGGUGUUGCUGGAAUUGUUUUGAUUCUAGAAAUAAUAAUCCAUAGAAUGGCAAGACAUUUCGAAGUGUUUGGUCACACCUAUACUUACAGUUUGGCUGGAUUCGAAUGGAGAUUUGCAAGACCAAAAUGGACGCAUUUCCCAAGAAGAAAUACUGUAAUUCUUCCAUUAUCCAAAUCGUAUAGUCCCGAAAGAAGACGAGUUACCGUAUGA